UUCCCGGUAAGGAUAUGCCGAGAAGAAGAGUGGAGGAAUAUGUAUCUCCGGAGAAAUUAAAGGCUUCUAAUUUCCCGGCAAUGCACCUCCAGAUCGGAAUUUGGGAGAUGGUGACUAAGAAUGAAGGCGACGUCACCACCAAAUUUUACUACGCGAAGCGCAAAAUGGUGUGGGAGGUGCUUGAUGGAGCUCUCAAGAGAAAGCUCGAAAUACCGUGGUCUGAUAUCUCUGCCAUAAGGAUUUCCCUACCCGAAGCUCCCGAUGUUCUUCCACGGAAUCAACCCUCAGCCCAGAAAGCACACCCUUUGGCAGAAGUCCGAUGAUUUCACAGAAGGCCAAGCUCCCAAUUGGAGGAUACACUCUCUGAUGUUCUCACCAGGUGUGCUGGACAAACACUGCGAGAAACUUCUGCAAUCCGAUGUGCGCCUGUGUGCAUUGGCCAAGAUGCCGUUCCCAAGCCACGCCUCUCCAUUUUUCAAUCCGGACAUGUUCGUGCCUUUCUCGCUCGACUUCAACAGCUACCCGUAUCCUCCACUACCAACAAUGGACGUGGGGACACCAUCUUGGGCUGGUUAUUAUCCAAAUGGAGGGAUGAUUGACUUUGGGGUGGCUGCAGCACCCUCCAACAAUGGAUUGGGGUUGGGGUUUGGUGCACAGCCUCAAUACAAUGUGAAUGCACUGGGAUUUGAUCCCAGUAUGAGUGCUCAGUUGAUGAUGCCCCCUCAACCUCAGCUCUACCCUGACCCGAGCCUCAACAUGAUGGAUGUUCAAACUCUCCUAAUGGGGCAGCACCAUUUCGCCGAUAACUCUCUGCCUCCCUUUCCCGGUGAAACUUCCGCCUCCCCCAAUUUUUACAUACCGCCAUGGGAGUGAGAGUGAUACAAAUAGCUGCGUUUGGUAGGACUAUUGUAUGUGCUGAUUUGUAUACACUUUGGAGGGUGGGACAAUGUGCCUCGAUGACAGCCGGAGAGGGCACAAGGAAUGAGGAAGAGCCGGAGUUAGAUGCAGAGGAAGAAGUGACGGCCGAUGCAAGCAGGCCGGUGGAGGAGCAAGACAAGGCGGAUCUGCCGGGCACUAGGAAGCUG